AUGGCUCUUUCCAACGGCUUUCCGGCCAGUAAUGGCGUACGUCUGGGGCCCAAUAGCUUGGCUCCCCCAAAUGCGAGCAGCGAUGUUGCCUGGCACCUACCUCAGGGGUCUUGGGAAACUCAUGUUCAUGUGUUUGACCCACGGUAUCCUUACUCACCCGAGCGACAAUAUACUCCGGUUUCAGCCCUAUACGACGAGCUGUUGGACUUCAACUCCAACCUCAGCGUGGCUGAUUUGCCCGGAAACAUCGUCCUUGUCCAGCCAUCACCUUACGGGUCGGACAAUUCCUUGAUUCUGGAUCUUCUCCGAAACCAUUCUCUUACUCAGCAGAGCAACCUCCUUCGCGCCAUUACCGUCAUCGACCCCGACAACGUGACGGAUGAAGAGCUCCACGAGAUGAACGCGCUUGGCGUGAGAGGAAUUCGCAUCAAUACCCAGGCAGCCAAUUCCACAGAGACUGCUGAGGAGCUGCGCAAAAACAUCACUGCCGCCGUGGAGAGGGUCAAGGGUUUCAACAACUGGAAAUGCCAGCUGUAUAUCUCCGGGGACAGCUGGGACUAUAUCCAUGAUCUUGUCCGUGAUCUCCCCAUCCCGGUUAUUGCAGAUCACCAGGGCGGCAUGGGAGGCCUCACAAAGCUUGCGAAUGGGAGCACAGACGUGACUGCCCAGCCAGGCUUUGCAUCCCUUCUCGACUUAGCCAAGAGUGGAAAAGUCUUUGUCAAGAUUUCGGCGCUGUAUCGUUCGUCGAAGCUAACCACGGGCGGCUAUGAUGAUUUGGAGCCACUUGUCAAAGUCUUCGCCCAAGAAGUUCCGCAGCAGCUCAUUUGGGGUUCAGAUUGGCCUCAUACUGGAUCAAACCGCACAGAAGCCACGAGAUAUGUACCAGAACCAUUCCGAAAGAUCGACAACGAGGCUGUCUUGAAGAACAUCAGAAAAUGGGUAGGAUGGGACAAUAUUUUCCGAGGCGUCAUCGGUUCGCCAGAUCCAAAUGGAAGGCAGCUCGAUGGCAUGGGCGGGGGGUUAUCCAGUCUUUCCAAAGUUUGCGUGGUUGGGCCGUCAAGCCGCGAGGAUGCGGACGUUGACUACACGUUCGUUGCCAUCGGGGUCAAGAAUCCGGAGGUCGACUUCUCGAGCAACUGCGGGAACAUGACGAGCGCUGUCGGGCCCUUCGCGGUGGACAGCGGCUUGUUUCGCGCAGCAGAUGGCAACGCUACUGUCCGGAUUCACAACACUAACACGGGCAAAAUUAUCCAUGCAAAAUUUCCUGUCAACGGGUCAGAGGCCGAAGCGGAUGGAGAUCUGGCAAUCGACGGAGUUGCAGGUACUGGCGCUAAGAUCCAGCUAGCGUUCCUGAAUCCAUCUGGAUCGAAAACGGGCAAGCUACUACCAACCGGAAAUGUGACAGAUAAAUUUGACGGCAUCACCGCGACCUGCAUCGACGUAGGCAAUCCGUGCGUUUUCGUCCAGGCCUCGGACUUGGGCGUCUCCGGAGGCAUCUUGUCGCAUGACAUCGAGGCUCACCCGACACUUCUCGGGCGCCUUGAUUCCGUACGCAGAAAGGCUGCCGUUGCAAUGGGCAUUUCGACCAGCGAGGAAGCUGCGCCAGGAUCAAUCCCCAAGAUUGCCAUGGUCUCUGCCUCGCAUUCGCACAAGAUCCUUUCGGGGCAAUCUCUCGACGAAGAUGCCUACAAAAAUGCCAGUCUCCAGCCCGCCCGAAAGAUUCUCGGCCUUCCCGCCAACCUUCUGUCACCCGAUGUGCCAGCCUUGAUGCUUGACGCUGUGAAACGCGACUUCGGAGGAAAGCUAGACAUCCUCGUCAACAACGCGGCUUAUGACGAAUUCCGGCCGAUCGGAGAGCUCGAUCCAGACUACGUGCAGCGGAGCUUGUUUGGCAACAUCCAAACUCUGGUCAUGUCCGUGGAUGUGCUCUUCAGAGAGGGCGUCUUUCAACCGAACUCGCGCAUCGUCAAUAUUUCGGCCGAGCUCACCAGGAGUCCUUUGCCGCACAACUCCUUCGGCCUGUUUGCUGCAACCAAAGCGGCCAUGGAGUCCCUGACGCGCACCUGGGCCGACAUCUUUGGCAAGCAUCCAUCCAUGGCUGGCACUACGGUCAAUUCGCUCCUGGUGGGCGCUACUGAGACUGACGCGUUCUGCAAAGGCCUGUCACCUGAAAUGACAAAGGCUGCUGUGGACCGUAUCGUCGGGAACACCUCUUUGGCAAGAUUGGGGAAACCAGAAGAUGCUGCCGACCUCGUAGGACUCUUGGUCAGCGAGAGGGCUGGAUGGAUUACGGGCUCGGUAGUUGCGGCUAAUGGUGGUGCUGUAAAGAUUUUGUAG